AUGAAGACAAUCGUGUUCCUGUUAAUCGGAUCUUCUCUAAUCGUAAGUACUCCUCGUGCUUAUUGAAAGGCGACGGGAAAUUUGCGCGUAUAAUCUAAAAUAAUAUUACUGCAGGAAAAUUCUGGACGGUAAAAUAUUAAACAUUAUUAUUAUUACGUUUUUUUUGCCGGAAUCCAUCCUUACAAUCUUUAUAAAAUAUUAAAAAAUGUUCACAAAGAAAAUUAAUAAAGCCAAGUUUUUUAUACGGAAAUCAUAUUAAUAUUUUUAACCUUAAACAUAUUUUGUGUAAACGGUGCACCCCAAAAAUAUCCCUUGCAUCAAAAUAUCCCUCGUUGAAAAUAUCCCUAAUUAAAAAUAUCCCCAACUAAAAAUAUCUUCAGUAAUAUUAUUCCUUGUUUAAUAUUUAGGAUGUUUAUUUUUUUUUUGUUUAUUUAACUAUAUUGUAACACUAUUUCUCCUAGAAACCCUGCUGAAAAGCCUAAGGUGUUGCUUCGCUCUGAAUCGUUUUUUAUUAGCAAUGUAAACCACGGUGUGUUAACCAUUAUUAAUAGAUUUAUACUUUAGAUUUAAUCUUAACGUAAUUUUAAAACGUUUUUUAUUAUGCAUACCUCAUUAAAAAAACAAAAUGUUUAUUUUUAAGAUAAUACAGUAUGUAUAUACAUUGUUAAAAACACCAAAUUGUUUAUAUUAUUAAUUAAUGCAAAUUAUACAUUUAUAUCAUGUUUAUAUCAUGUUAUAUUGUCCAUAGAAUAAAUAUUAAAAAAAUAGAAAUAUAAAAUAAGGGAUAAUAUAUCUGGGGAUAUCUUUACCGGGGAUAUUUUGUGGGGGAACAUUUAAUAUCGAUUUAAACGUUAUAAGUAUUGUAAAUAAUACCAUUCAAAAUUUAAUUCACAGAUUUCAACUUCAAUAGAAUCUAAAAUAUACUGAACGAAAUUCUAUAUGUUGCAUUAAAUUUUUUACAUGUUAUUACAUUUGUACCUACGAUAAAUACGCAAGGAGGAUUUUGCUUCAACGCAAAAAUGGUAGAAAAUAUUAUAAUUAAUACGUAAUGUCCAUUUUUAUUUUCAAUAUUUUAUUGUCUUUUGGUAGAAAUCCUAAAAUUGUUUUAAAGUUCUUUACAUACGGUGUAUCACGCCGUCCCGUAAAACUACAGGACAUACGUUUCGAAAUUAUUUAUCGUAUUUUGUUGAUUUAAAAUCAUCUAUUUUACAAUGCAUAAGUGUACAACGGGUCGGUUUCUUUGUUGUGAUCACAAUCAAUUGUUUCGCGCAUGUAUAGUUCGCGUUUAGUAAAAAUUGCAUUUACAUUUACAUCUAUAAUGCGGAAUAACAAUAAUGCAUAUUAAUAAAUACGAAUAGGUAACUUCUUAGACAAGUAUUCUAUUUAUAUUAUGUUUAAACGAUUCAGAUGAUAGUAAUAAGGUAAAAAAUAAUAUUUACAAUUCAAGGGCUCAGCACAAUAACAAGACAAGUCAACUUUUCAAAAUUAUUCGGGAAAAGGAAAGACAACAAAUCCACUUUUUUGAAAUUAUUUACUAGAAAGAAAAAUACCAUAGGUAGAUAUUGUAUACGAUAGUUAUGUUAUGUAUGGAUCUGUCGUAUUUUUGUUCAUUUAGUUGGAUUAGACAAGUAUCUCCAGAUGACUAUUUUCUAUUGGACGAAUUUGUAUUAUAAUUAAAUUAAAUUAUGUAGAUCAUAAGUGGUACCAGACUUUCCUGGCGGGGUUGAGGGGGCAACCCAAUAUUUUAAAUUCACUGCCGGUAGAUUAUAAACACUAUUUGGUAUAAAUGUGCAAGCCAGUUACACAAUUACAAUGUUUCUUUUAGAUACUAAGUAAGGCAAGAAAUAUAUUGGUUUUAUUAUGUGUUCUUUUUGUUUUCAUAAAUCAUAAUUUGAUUUUCAAAUGUAUCAUUUUUUUUGAAAAAUUAAAAGUUGCGGGAAGGUGAAGGAAAGAAAACAGAUAAUUAUAUGCAAUAACGUUUUUUUUAUUUAAAAUUUUUUUUUUAAAUUUUGUUUGUAAUUCAAUUACAAAUAUCGUAGUUCUCGCAAAAUACUUACAUUAUUAUCCUUUUUUAGAUGUGGUAAAAUUUUCAAAACAUUCUGUCAAUUUUGAAAUAAAUAAAUAUUAGCUAUAGGCAUUCGAUAUUUUCUAGUAUUUUAGACUCUGGACAGAGCGAGGAAUGUAUUGAUUUUACAAUGGUGUUUAUUUUUAUUUUACUUUUUCGGUGGAAAAAUUUUCUACCAGCAAUUUUGCUCUGAUUUGUAAGUGUAACACCUUUCCUAAAAGGAAAUUUUAUCAGGGUGAUACUUAACAAAGGUAAUUGUGUUUAUUUUAUGUCGACGGAAUUGUUUUGCCAAGUAUAAACGAUUGAAAAUUUAUCGUGAAGUUCAUCAUACGUUGUACUUGGUGUCUACUAUUAGUUUGAAUCUAUGUUUUACUUUUAGUAUAUUUGUAUUUUUUUUAUAAUAAAUUACCAAAAGUUUAUCAUAUAAUCUUAAAUAAUUAUCUUCACAUCAGUUCUCAAGUCAAACAAGAUUAUUUUAAUACUUCGACCACUGAUACGGCCGCUAAUACCUCUAGUGAUUGUAACUUUUUCCUAUUGUUUUAUUCGAAAAUAUUAAAAGUUAACUUGUUGUCACAAUUCUUACUUCUCAUUAUUUAUAUUUCUGGAAAAAUUAAUUACAUGGUCGUGUUAGUAUUAUUAUCAACUGUCAAUGCCAAUAUUACUGAGCGAGUGAGAGGAAAAUUCUAUACAUCAUAAUAAUAUGCUAUUUAACAUUAAAAAAUGAACUUCACGUUAAAAAUUUCUAAAAAUGUGUGUUUCUGCAUCAAAAAAUCGAUUUUGACAUCUACUAGAAAUCCAAGAGCCAAUGCGUGGCUCUCACAUUAACAAUUCGUCCUAUAAGUUAGUGGCACUAGGUAUUUUAAUGCAGUAUUGAACUUUGAGACGUUCGCAUGAGACUGUAUACCUUAAGUAUUAAACCCUGUUUCUGGUUCAAUGAAGUGCCAAUAAUGAUUAACGGUUUCAAACAUAGGUGAUUACGGCUAUGUAGCCAUAACCACUUUUGUUACUAUAGGCCCUUCACUCAAUUAAAUAAACUGUGGAUCCCACUUCUACUUCACCUUUAAUAAUGUGAAGUCACGUACCUCUAUAUUAUUUAUAUUUUGAACUAUACGGAUAAACCUAACUAUAUGUCAAUAUCGCAAACCAGCAACGUCAAUAUCGGCCCGACCCAUACAUAUUACUUAAGACCUAGAUAGCAACAACAUAAUCAACCUUUAUGUAAAAGUUUUUAAACUUUUCAAAAAAAUUGUAUCAUAGUAAUAACUGUAGAUUUAUUUAAAUUAUCAUUAUUAUUUUUUUUUUUUAAAAAAAACUUAAAUCACUUACGUAUAAAAUAUACGUAAUACAUGUAUGUAAUAAUACACUAUAUGUCUUCAGUAAAGUAGCCACUUAUGUUAAAUAUUACUAUGAAAUAUAUAAAAUAAAAAAUUAAUCUACAGGUUCAUGAAACUCAUUCGAGUAGCUUAUUCAGAAGAGACUACCAACCACCAGCUGGGCAAGAAGCUCUCGAACCUGGUCGAUCGACUAAGACAUGCGGUUCGUGUGACCAUAUGACAUUUGAAAUAAGAUGCGGCGGUAAAUAUACUUCCAGAUUAUGUCCCGGUUGUAUGUUAAUAUGUGCAUGUCAUGACGAUGAUGCUGGAGGACCUGGGGCAGGAGGCCCUAAUGGUACUGGUGGAGGUGGUGGUGGAGGUGGUGGUGGAGGUGGUGGUGGAGGUGGUGGUGCAGGUGGUGCAGGUGGUGCAGGUGGUAAAGGUACUCCAGGUAGUCCUGGGUCUACAACUACUAAUGGUAAUUCUGGUAUCCAACAAGUAAUUCAAAUAAACCAAACACCCGCACCAAAUACUCCAGGAGUUACUCCAGGAACUCCUUCAGGAACAACUCCAGGAACAACUCCAGGAACAACUCCAGGAGGUCAAGGCGCCGGUACAGGAAGUGGAUCUGGUUCUGGUCAAGGAAGUGGUAAUGGCGCUGGCCAAGGAAGUGGUAAUGGCUCUGGCCAAGGAAAUGGAUCUGGUGCUGGCCAAGGAACUGGAUCUGGUUCUGGCCAAGGAAGUGGAUCUGGUUCUGGCCAAGGAAGUGGAUCUGGUUCUGGCCAAGGAAGUGGUAAUGGCGCUGGCCAAGGAAGUGGUAAUGGCGCUGGCCAAGGAAGUGGUAAUGGCGCUGGCCAAGGAAGUGGUAAUGGCGCUGNGGCGGUGGUGGUGGUGGUGGCGGUGGUGGUGGUGGCGGUGGCGGCGGUGGUGGCGGUGGUGGUUCAAAUAAUACUGUUGGCAAUUAAGUACAGAUAUUUAGUAAAAAAUAAUUGAAAUAAAAUCAACAAGUUUACAGUUUUAUAGUUUUAUCAAGCUUUAUCAUACAUGUAAUAUUAUGUAUAUUUUUUUAAUUACUUUGUAUGAAUGAAAUUAUAAUUAAAAAAAAAACAUUCCUAAUAAACACAUACCCAUUUAUUCAUAAUAUAAGUAUGUUUUCUUUUACCGGUAUUUCUGUGUUCAAGUAUAAUAGUUUUACAAAAUAUAUUAUGAUAAAAAUGUCUACAGUUGCAGUAAGUUGUUGUAAAAAUGUAGUGCAACCAAAUCAUGUAAUAUUAUUAUGUAACAUAAAUUGCAUUAUAUAAUAUUAUGUUAUGUUAUUAUAUUAAAAAUGUUUAGUUUUUAGUAAAAAAUGUUGGCAAAAUAUAAUCUAUUAGAGUAAUAAAGCCACGUUCAAUACUUGGUAAAUUUUCAUAAAUGUAGAAAAAUGAAGUAUAAACUAAUAAAGUUAAUUCAAGUAUCGUGUACUAACAUAAAUAUAGAAAAUUGCGUUUAAACAAUAGGUGUUGGAAAUUGCACUAACAAAUUACCAUCUAAUUUCUGUAUGCAAAUAUUAGGUAUAUACGUACUUACUUGACUUAAUUGACUUGUGUAUUGCUAAAUGGUAUAAAUGAUAUGGUAUGAUUGAAAUAAAAUAUUUAACAAUAUUUUCUACCACUUCGUUAUUUUAUUAAAAAUAACAUUGAUUUGUAUUCUCGUAUGAUUACUUCAAAUUAUUCAAUUAAAAAGAAUUAAAAGCAAUAUAACGCAGGCAAUAAAAUUGCAGUAUAGUAAAAUUUAUACGUAUAUUGUAAUUGUAUUCUUUCGAUUGGUUGACUGAAAUUCUCCCAUGUUUCUCUAUCAAUAUUUAAACCCUUCAACUCUUUAUUGUAUAUUCGACGAUAUUUUAAACACACGUGUACAUGAAGUAAAUGUACCUAACAUGCACUUGUAUUGAUUUUUGCAACAAAAAAUAUAUAUUUAUUUUAAACAUACGUAUAGAAUAAGUAAUAGGACAAUAGUUGGAUAAUUUUUCGGUCCGAUCAUCCGAGUGUUCCGAAUUUGAAUCGAUCAGAUUGGAAAUACGAAGUAUCUCAAUAGUUUAUUGUAUACAUCUGACUGUUAAUCCGAUUGUAUCUCUAUACAUCUGAUACAUGACCAAAAAAAAAUGGCAGGGACACAAGGUGAUGGAAGCUAAUGAAAUUGACAAGGUUUUUUUUAUCAAUAACAAUAUCUAUAAUAUUUCUGAAAUAUGAAAACCAUAAAAAAAAAUUGUAGUUUUAACCGACAAAUCGGUUUAUAUCAAUAGUUUAUAACCACUCAUGGACUUCGGUUUUAAAUAUUUGAAAUAGUUAUAUUGAUCUGUGGCAAGUAUCGGAAUAUCGAUUAUACCGGAAGAAAAAUGUCAUUUCGGCUGAGCAUUAAUUAUGAAACAUAACUAAUGUCCAUUAAUUUCAACUCAAUUUCAUAGCAUAAAUUAAAAAUAUGUUAUUUUGAUAAUUUAAAUAAUAUACGCAAUAACUAGUUCUGAUCAAUCCAUUGACCAAACCGGAAUCCGGAUUACAAUUACAUAAUUUGGAUUCGGAUUCAAUCCGUUUUAUUCACAUUCUUGAAGGAGACAAUCGGUCAGUCCGGAUUUUGGAGCCAAUUCAAGAACCGGCCACACGAUGCGAUGUUACCGUAUGCAGCGGUGAUGCGGUAACACAGCACAGUGUUAUCAAUACGUGUAUUUUUAAUAAUGUGUAAUUUAAUUUUUUUUUUUUAUUAAUAUUAUUUACAUCUAAUAUAAUAUUAUUUGUUAUAAUAAAUAACAAUAUGAGCAGCAUUUACAAAUAAACCACCUAUAGACCUUUAGAUCUUCAUAAUCCGGAUUACUAAUUUCAAACCGGAUUGAUACUCAUAAUCCGGAUUUGGUGCUGAACAUUAGUAAUAACAUCAACUAGAAAUGAGUUGUAUAUAAUAAUAUAGUAUCCCCUAAUAGUUAUCCUAGUUUCCUUUCUCUAAUCGACUUUAAAUUCUCUCCCCGCCACACCCGCCACAGCCGUAAAUAUAUCCCAUUCCAUAUUCCCUACUUUCAGUCACUAUUUCUUGACCACUUCCCAAUUACCCGGCUCAUAUGAACUGUCAACGUUGACCCAUCUUUCUUGGUUUGCCUUUCGUCCGUACUUAUCAUUUUCUCACAUAGAAAGUGAGUCAUUAUUAUGUCUCUAUAGUUAUAGUAAAUAAGUUGUCAAUAAUUUUUUAUGUUUCAACUGUACUUCUAUGUUUUUUAAGCCUCGGCCUGUAUUAUUUUGUUAAAAAUAAAAUAAUACUUUGCGUUUUAUAUAAAAUGAAAAAAUGAACAAAUCUAUCCGUGGCUUCGUGAAUAUUGAUUUGUUUUCUUAGUAUAUUUUAUUAUGUUUAUGUUUCAUUUGACUUAUUAUUUUUUUUUUUCGAUCAGUCAGACAAUAUUAAUUUAUUAUUAUUAUUAUGCGGCGAACUAAUGGGUAUGAAUUAUUAUUAUGAUAUAUAGGAAUAUAAUGCGAAAUUAUAUUUUUCACGUGAUUAUAAUAUAAUGUGACACACUGGUUACUUCUCAUCUGUACACAUUUGUGUAGACAUUCUCCGAUGUCAAUAUUUAUUUAAUUUUCUGCUAACAAAAAAAAAAAAAAACAAAACAAAAAUAAAAAUAUUGCACAGACGUUAAACGCAAACGCCAUUAUGAUGAAAAAUAAUCCUAUGCUUACUAAUAGCGAGUCUUCUGAUUGUGAUUAA